CUGUCAUCAUUGAGGGACAUCUUAGCGGCGUCUCCUCCUCCUGCACCACCACCGCUACCACCACCACCCACAGCAGCACGAAAACACCGCGAGGACAACCACCGCCGCUACAACAACAACAACACCAACCACAAUCAGUCACCGCCACAAGCAGCAGCACGGACACCGCGGCGUCUCGCCAUGGCGCUCACGCUCCCCGACGACGUGAGGGAGAGGCUCGCAGAGUUGGAAGAACGCUUUCGGACAGAAUGUUUAACAGAGAAGGGAUACAUGAAGAAAAAGCUGGGCCUGGUGCAACCUUUUCUUUCUGGAGAGGUGAAAACGCAGCUGGAAACGUUGCAGGAAGAGUUGAAGGAGGAAGACAUCACAGAGAAGGGGUACUUCAACAAAGUUAAGACCCUUCUCCUUCGGGAGCUUCCAAAGCUGGAGGAAGAAGGCUCGGAAAAGCCCCACCAAAAUGGUGCUGCCAAAAACGGCAAAGUGAAGCACGGAAAGAAUGGGACCACGCACCAUGCCGCCACUGCCGCCACCACCUCCACUGCCUGCAAAACAGAAUCUGUGGAGGCCAACGGGGAUGAGGCGGCAACAGAGAAUGGAGACGCGCAUCCCGCAAUGGCCAAUGGCUCGCCUGAAUGCUCCGGCAAGGCAGUAGCCAACGGUGACGGGCUUGUGCUCGUCAAGUCCGAUGCGGAGAUGGACGAUGGGGACGUGGAGGGAGAUGAUGCUGAACCUGCGUCGUCGUCGUCAUCGUCCUCCUCGGCGGCCUCUGCCGGGAAAACGCGGGGUCGCAAAAAGAAGCAGGCGGUCGAAGCGGAGAGCAGCAGUGGCGCAGAACUCGCAAGUCCCCGUGGUCGAGGUGGUCAGCGUGGCCGCAAGUCGGGGGCGGCAGCUGGGAGCAGCCAGCAAUCCAUCGCUUCAAUGUUUGGCAAAGGGUCUGUAAAACGCAAGUCGGAGGAGGCAAAUGGAAAGGUGAAGGAAGAAGUCAUUCAAGAUUCCCAGACUAAAGAGGAGGGUCUGGAGGACAAAAGGAGAAAAGUGGAAUUGCUUGCUGAAAAGCCACUAUUGCUGUCUGAUGCACCUGAAAGUUCACCUGCAAAGUUCAAACCAGCAAGGACCCCACCACCGAAGUGUACGGAGUGUAAGCAGUUUCUGGAUGACCGUGACCUGAAAUUGUUUCAAGGAGACCCAGAUGAUGCACUGGAUGAGCCAGAGAUGCUUACGGACGAGCGACUCUCGGUGUUUGAAAGCAACUCGGAUGCGAUGGAAAGCUACGAUGACCUACCUCAGCACAAAGUCACAAACUUCAGCGUGUACGACCGCAAGCUGCACCUGUGCGCAUUCGACACCGGACUCGUGGAAAAAAAUGUGGAGCUUUAUCUGAGUGGAGUCGUCAAGCCUAUUUAUGAUGAGAAUCCCUGCAAUGAUGGUGGUGUGAGUGCCAAGAAGCUGGGUCCCAUUAAUUCAUGGUGGACUACUGGGUUUGAUGGAGGAGAAAAGGCCCUUGUUGGCAUCACCACGGCAUUUGCCGACUACAUCUUAAUGAACCCAAGCGAGGAGUACGCCUCGACGUUUGCUGUGAUGCAGGAGAAGAUCUACAUGUUCAAGAUCGUCAUCGAGUUCCUGCAGCACAACCGGGAUGCCACCUAUGAGGACCUGCUCAACAAGAUCGAGACGACGGUGCCCCCGUGCGGCCUUAGCUUCACGCGCUUUACGGAGGACUCGCUGCUGCGCCACGCGCAGUUCAUUGUGGAGCAAGUGGAGAGCUACGACGAGGCGGGAGACGAGGACGAGCCGCCCAUUAUCAUCACGCCCUGCAUGCGCGACCUCAUCAAGCUGGCCGGCGUCACACUCGGGAAGCGGAGAGCCCAGCGUAGGCAGACCAUUAAGCACCCGACAAAGAUCGCCAAAGACGCCAAGGGCCCCAGCAAGGCCACCACCACGCUGCUCGUUCGGCAGAUCUUCGACGAGUUCUUUGAUGAGCAGAUAGAGCAGCGGGACAAGGAGAAUGUGAUAAAGCGCCGCCGCUGUGGGGUCUGCGAGGUGUGCCAACAACAAGACUGUGGGAAAUGUUCAACCUGCAAGGUCAUGCCUAAAUUUGGCGGAAUUGGACGCUUCAAGCAAGCCUGCAUGAACCGGAAGUGUCCAAAUAUGGCCGUGAAGGAGGCUGAAGAAGAUGAGAACUUUGAGGAGUCCGACUCGGAGGAGGUGAAUAAGGUCCAUCAGAAGAAAGUGACAGACAUCAAGAAAAAGAAGAAGUCCAAGUCUCAGAUUUCAUGGAUUGGAGAGCCUCAGAAGACGGAAACCGAACGCAAAUACUUCCAGCGUGUUCGUCUGGAUGAUGAGGAGCUGGGUGUUGGAGACUGUGUGGUCGUGUGUCCAGAUGACCCUUCUAAGCCUCUCUUCCCAGCCAGGAUCACGUCCAUGUGGGAAGAAGAGAACGGGGAGAAGUGGUUCCACCCACACUGGUUCUGCCGCGGCCCGGACACGGUGCUGGGGGAGACAUCAGACCCGCUGGAGCUCUUCCUGGUGGAUGAGUGCGAGGACAUGUUGCUGUCGUACGUGUACGGGAAGGUGUCCGUAACGUACAAGGCCCCUUCGCCAAACUUUUUCAUGGAGGGUGGCAUGGAAACAGAAGAAGAAAAGACCAGCAAAGACGACGAAGAGAAAUCUUUCUUCUACCAGCUGUGGUACGACCCGGAGUACGCGAGAUUCGAGAGCCCUCCCGAAGUGAUGCCUUCUGAGGAAAACAAAUUCAAGUUUUGCGCUAGCUGCGUGCGGCUGUCGGACCUGAACCAACGGGAGACGCCGUGCGUGCAGACGCGAUUGGAUAACCCGGAGGAUGACGCGAUCGUGACGUACAUGCUUGCGCUCAAGGACGGUGUCGAUUACCGAGUCGGGGAUGGGGUCUACCUCAUGCCUGACGCCUUCAACUUCAGCGUAAAGCCAGCAUCGCCGGUGAAGCGCGCUCCACGGAAGGAGGACAUUGAUGAGGAGGUACACCCAGAGUAUUACCGCAAGUCGUCGGACUACAUCAAGGGCAGCAACCUGGAUGCUCCCGAGCCUUACCGUGUGGGCCGCAUCUCGCAGAUCUUCUGCAACAAACGCAACAACCGCGAGACGGACAUCAAGUUUAAAAUCAACAAAUUUUACAGGCCAGAGAACACGCACAAGGGCAUCAGCGCAGCAUUCCAUGGUGACGUGAACCUGCUGUACUGGAGCGACGAGGAGACUGUCGUGGAGUUCCGCAACGUGCAGGGAAAAUGCCGCGUGGAGUACGGAGAGGACCUGCCCGAGUCUGUGGCCGAGUACUCGCAGGGAGGGCCCGACCGCUUCUACUUCCUUGAGGCAUACAAUGCCAAGACAAAGAGCUUUGAGGAUGUUCCUUACAAUGCACGCAGUGCAGGCUGCAGAGGGAAGGGCAAAGGCAAAGGAAAAGGCAAAGGCAAGGGGAAGGUGAGUGUAGAGCACUCGGUGGAAAAGGAGCCUGAGGAGAAGGUGAGGAAGCUUCGGGGUCUGGACGUCUUCUCGGGCUGUGGUGGCCUCUCGGAGGGCUUCCACCAAGCAGGCAUCACAGAGACUAAGUGGGCCAUCGAGAUGUGGGAGCCAGCCGCGCAGGCCUUCCGUCUCAACAACCCGGGCAGCACGGUUUUCACGGAGGACUGCAACAUUCUGCUAAAGCUGGUCAUGUCAGGAGAGAAAACCAACGGGCUAGGCCAGCGGCUGCCGCAGAAGGGCGACGUUGAGCUCCUGUGUGGCGGUCCGCCCUGCCAGGGCUUCAGUGGCAUGAACCGAUUCAACUCUCGCACGUACUCCAUGUUCAAGAACUCGCUCGUCGUUUCCUAUCUCAGCUACUGCGACUACUACCGUCCGCGUUUCUUCCUGCUGGAGAAUGUGCGCAACUUUGUGUCCUUCAAGCGCUCCAUGGUGCUGAAACUCACGCUGCGCUGCCUUGUGCGCAUGGGAUAUCAGUGCACGUUUGGCGUCAUGCAGGCUGGGCAGUACGGUGUGGCGCAGACGCGGCGCAGGGCGAUAAUCCUCGCAGCCGCCCCAGGAGAGAAGCUGCCGUUCUACCCCGCGCCCCUGCAUGUGUUCGCCCCGCGCGCCUGCCAGCUCAGCGUCGUGGUCGGCGACAAGAAAUACGUCAGCAACGUCACCAAGGUGUCCUCUGCUCCGUUCCGCACAAUCACCGUACGGGACACCAUGUCGGACCUUCCCGAGAUUCGCAACGGAGCCUCGGCGCUUGAGAUCUCCUACAACAGCGAGCCACAGUCCUGGUUCCAGCGGCAGAUCCGUGGCAUGCAAUACCAGCCAAUACUGCGCGACCACAUCUGCAAGGACCUGAGCCCACUUGUGGAGGCACGCAUGCGUUACAUCCCGCUGGCGCCCGGCUCGGACUGGCGUGACCUGCCCAAUAUCGAGGUGCGACUGUCCGACGGCACCACCUCCAAGAUCCUGCGCUACACGCACCACGACCGCAAGAACGGCAAGGGCUCAGCGAUGCUGCGCGGAGUCUGCUCCUGCUCCGAGGGCAAGCCGUGUGACUCCGCGGACCGGCAAUUCAACACAUUGAUCCCCUGGUGCCUGCCGCACACGGGAAAUCGGCACAACCACUGGGCCGGUCUGUAUGGACGGCUCGAGUGGGAUGGCUUUUUCAGCACGACCGUCACCAACCCCGAGCCAAUGGGAAAGCAGGGUCGCGUGCUGCAUCCCGAGCAGCACAGGGUGGUGAGCGUGCGGGAGUGCGCGCGCUCACAGGGCUUCCCCGACACCUACCGCCUGUUCGGGAACACCCUGGACAAACACAGACAGGUUGGGAAUGCAGUGCCACCACCUCUGGCAAAAGCAAUUGGACUGGAGAUCAAAAAGUGUGUGGAGCAGUCCAGAAAGAGCGAGCUGGCUAAAAAUGCUGUGAAAAUGGACACGUCUUCCUGAAUCAUCAGUCCUGCUGGCCCCCUGACUCCAAGACCGUAAACGAAGUUCAACAGAAAAGCUAUGAAUGGGAUGAAGGACAUGGGAGGGGAAUAGAGAUGAAGAUAUUAAGAGUAAUAGGGCAGUGAAAGAUAUUUGCUGUUGGGCGCACAACACAGAUGGCAUGUGGUGAUAUAAAAUGUACUAAAAAUAUUUACACAUUUACAUCGUGUGCCAAGUAUGUAAAGUUAAAAUGGGAUGGGUCUGCAUCAGAAUUUUAAAUUGAUGUUCGUAAACGGUGUGUUCCUUACUCCAAUGCAGUAAAACAUGGUCUUGGGCAUAAUCUGCAAUUUUAUCUUGCAACUAUUUCAGGUUUUUUUUACUCAAUUUUUAAUGAACACUGUUCUAAUGUUGAGUAAACCUAUCACACCUGCAUAUAUCUAUAUUUUAAUCUCUUACAUUUUCUGGAAUUUAACAAUUUACAGUUUGACAAGUGUUUAUUUUGUUUCAUGAUCAUUUUUGAUUAAAUAUUUCAAAGUUUUAACUGAUUAAAAUGAUGGUGUCUUAUAAAGUGACCAUGGAUUAAAGUUUUUAAAACGUUUAAGAUGUUUUUAGACUUUCCUGUUAGUGUGUUUUUCCUACAACCAGUUUAACUUGUUUUAAAUCUUCACAUUUUUCAUCAAUAAAGUUUGUA